CUAUAAAUAUAUGCCUUGACAUAUAGAUAAAUUCAUCACCAUUCGCAACUAAAACAAUCAAGGAGGCUAGCUACACUCUACAGCGCGCAUAUUUCUCAUUCAUAUAUAUAUAUAUAUGUAUGCUCUGUAUGGUAACUUUGAAAUCAUGUCUCUCCUCAACCCCAACGAUUUGCACCAGAUUUUUGAGAAUCUUGACAAGAAUGGAGAUGGCCUCGUUAGCCUGGAGGAGCUCAACUGGCUUCUUGAGAAAACAAGCGUUAAAUUCAGCUUAGGCGAGCUCGAAUCACUAACGGGAAAAACAAGGCUCGACUUUAAUGACUUCUCGUUAUUCUACGAUUCCAUAUCGAAGCAAAACAAAAGCAGCAACGAAGAUGUGGAAGACCAGGGGGACGAGAAUCAUGAAGAAAGCGACCUUUUAAAUGCUUUCAAAGUGUUCGAUUUGAAUGGCGAUGGCUUCAUUUCCUGCGAAGAGCUUCAGAAUGUUCUGUCAAGACUGGAGCUGUGGGAUGCCAGCAGCGGCCGGGAUUGUAGAACCAUGAUUCGUGUCUAUGACACUAACUUGGACGGGCAACUUGAUUUCGAGGAAUUCAAGAACAUGAUGUUUCUUACUAUUUCUUGAUUUAUUUCUCGGAAUCACUCAUGCAUUGAACUCUUUUUCUUUCUUUCUUUCUUUUUUUUUUUUUCUUUUUCCUUGAAAACUCAUAUUUCUUUCUUU